CGGCAGCAGCAGAAGCAGGGUCGGAGGGGGGAGGGUGCUCUGGUCCCGGGACCGUCACUCCCCGCCGGCCUUCAACAGAGCCCUUUCCCCUUCCUCCGUCUCCUCCAUCCCUGCCGACAUGACCACCACGACUACCUUCUCCGGCAUGGACCCCAGUGGCAGGAGCAGCUCCAGAGUAUUGCGCCCUCCUGGUGGUGGGUCCAACUUUUCCUUGGGUUUUGAUGAGCCAAAAGAACAACCUAUGCGAAGGAAUAAAAUGGCAUCCAGCAUUUUUGGACCUCCUGAAGAAAACCCGCCUUCUUGGGCUAAAUCAUCAGGAGCUAAGCCGGGUGAAAUCAGAGAAGACUGUGAAUCAUCUGGACCACAAAGAAGAAACUCAACUGAUGCAAACUGUGGAGACUUUGUAGAUCCAAAGGGAGGAGAUGGUGGUGUUGAAACUUCUGAAAACACUGAGGCUGAUGUAGAAGCUGCCCCAGGUCAGAAUGAAGAAAAAUCCCUGCCUGCUGCACCUGUUCCUAGCCCAGUAGCACCAGCACCUGCACCAUCCAGGAGAAAUCCACCCGGUGGCAAGUCCAGCCUAGUCCUCGGUUAAACCUUUCCCUUCCUGACUGUUUUGAACUCGUGUCUGUUUCUUUUCCCCCAUGCUUGUGAACUGCACAACUUGAGCCUGACUGUACAUCUCAAAUUUCUUUCAUUAAAAAGAAGCACUUUAUGUACGCCAUCUUUUUUUUUUUUUUUUUUUUAAGAUCAAGGGGUUUUCCACUUUUGUCCUGUGUUCCCCCAGAUCUACUGGAAGUGACAUGAGUGUUUUCUAGUGAUAGACUUGAGGGAAAUAUGAAGUAUAGUAGUGUAUUUCAAAGGAGAGUAGAUUGGUUUUAAGUGUGCUUAUAGGGUUUUUGUACUGAGAUUUUUAGAACCCCUUAGCUUUACAAGGGUCUAGAAUCCUGGUUAAACAGGCCAGCAAACAAUCAGCAAGAGCAAUCCCUUCCUCCACAUGGGAGAACUGGUGAUCUGAAAGACUUCAUUGACUUCAUGUGGUAAAUGCCUUGAGCCCUGCUGUGCCAUAUAAAGUAAUUAGUGUACACCAUGCUGCCUUUAACAAGAAAUAUCUUGAUUUUGGACUACUAUGAAGCAGGGUAUGUGCCAAAUAGAGGCUGAUGACCAGAGCCGCCUGUCCUAAUGCUAGGAGGGGAUUUGGAUAUACAACAGACUUUAUUCAGUAAAGGUGGAGUGGAUUGGAUAAAAAUUACAGUUUUUUUUUUUUUUUUUUUUUUUUUUUUUUUUAAACAACUGACUCAAUGCUGUGCAUGAUCAUGCUGGUGCUUGACCAUGAGGUGAAAAUCUCAUCCCUUAAAAUGUGUGUUGUAAUUUCACAAAGCUGGACUGUUGCUUAAAAGUAAAUAAUAUAGAAAUUUUGAAGCAGUG